CUUCUCAUCUCUUUCUGUUCUUUAUUAUCAGCUCCCUUCAAGGACUUAUCACGUUUCCAGUUCAACAAUGGAAGGUCUUCGAGAAUGUGAGCGUCUCUUCGUCAAUAAGGACCUCGUCGAUGCUUCUGUCAAAAUUUCCGGUAAAGAUACAUCAGCCAGUUCCAAUGUCAAAAGGAAAGUUGAAACUCUCUUCUGUGUUAUGAGAAAGAGAACUUGUAGGCACAACUCUGUCGAUGAUGAUGAUAUGUUUCCGGAUUUAGAUAAUAAUGUAGAGAUAGGUGAUGGUGAUGAGGAUAUACGAAAUUGUCUGAGACCUGAAAGUGACUUCUGGUUUGAAAAUCUUAUGGAUAAUCCUUACGAUCCUCUGGAUGAGGGUUCCAUUGUAGACGACAGUGGGAGUGACACAGACAUAUCUGAAUCUUCAGAGUUUGAUGUUAUAUCAGAACAUGUUCUAGAAGACAAUGAUUUGAUAACCGGAUCGAAAUCUUUGGCUAUAUGGUCCAGUGAGGAUAAGGGAACUCUGGUUAGUAAGUGGUCUUUAGAAACUCGGAAUUCUAUGUUGUUGCUAUCUACUGAUGAGAAUGAUGUAAGGUCUAAAGAAGAUGAGGUGUUAUCAUCUGUUUCUGCAUCCCCAAAGGAAUUACAGCAUAUCACUGAUCCCCAAAUUUUCUCUGGACAUAGCAACGACAAAUUUCUCUUCCAUUCAGAACGGAAACAAGAUCAAAUGUCCUGUAUCCCUGGGCUUUGUGGAGAUAUUUUGAGGUGUAGUGUCAGCAAAGAAGAUCCAGAAAUCCCAUGCAAUUCUGAUAUCUUCGAGAAUGAUUGCGACAAAUCAUCUGCAAUUGAAGUUAGAUGUGGAGAUGUUGUCAACAUGCAGGGGUCUAUGGAGAUAAUGUGCAUUAAUGAUGAGCUUACACUGUGGAAUAAAGACGAUGAACCAAUACCGAUCAGCAUUGUUCCUCCUGAUGGUUGGGAAAGCGCAUUGCUAGAAACAUGUUCACUUCAUCAGAUCGACAGAUGUAGAAAUGAAUACAACGUUCAUGAUGAUAAUAUUGGUCUUGAAAUCUCUCCAAUACCUUUAACAAAAACUCUUGAAAGACCUAGUAGGCCAUGGUCAGUUUGUGGCUCUAUAGCUGCAGUCAGAAACUUACCUCUAAUGGAAGAUAACUCAGGUGCUUGUAGUUCUUUGGAUGAACAAGUAUAUGCAAAUGCUAAUAACUCUGAGGACAGGGACGCAGAACUUGCUCAAACCCCAUCAACUCUAUAUCAGGAAGAAGUGGAUGGAGAAGAUGAGAUUGACAUUGAUGCAAUGAUCCGCAAAUUGAAUCUAGUCCCAGAUGAUUCAGAUUCAUGCUUCAACAGGGAAGAAUGGAACAUGUCUAAGCACCCAAGACACGCCUUAAUUGGAUUGGAACACUGCACAAGAACUUCACUGCAAAGAGCAAAUAUGUUUCAUGGGGCAAUUGCCAUUCUGCAUUGUCGUGAUUCAAAGCAUUUUGUCAGAAAACGCGAGGUAAUUAUUGGGAGAUCAUCUGAUGGCCUGAAUGUGGACAUUGACUUGGGUAAAUAUAAUUAUGGGAGUAAGAUAUCUCGGCGUCAGGCAUUGGUGAAGCUAGAGAACAACGGAUCAUUCUCUCUAAAGAACCUUGGAAAGCGACAUAUCCUUGUAAAUGGAGAAAAAAUCGUUACAGGACAGAUUGCAACCCUCACCUCGUGUAGUUCAAUCGAUAUUAGAGGAAUAACCUUUGUGUUCAAGAUUAACAAAGAAGCAGUAGGACAAUUCUUGAAGAACAACACACAGAGGAAGACCGAGGACAACAGUAAAUUCAGAUGAGUGAGGAGGAUGAAGCUAGGAAGCCAAGGACUUGAGGUAUCGGCGCAAGGCCUUGGUUGCAUGGGACUCACCGGUCAUUACGGUGCUUCUAAGCCUGAAACUGACGCCAUCGCUGUCAUCCACCACGCUAUUCACUCCGGCGUUACUUUCCUUGACACCUCUGACAUUUAUGGUCCUGAAACUAAUGAAAUUCUCCUCGGAAAGGCUCUGAAGGAUGGUGUGAGGGAGAAAGUAGAGCUUGCGACCAAAUUUGGAAUAAGCUAUGCAGAGGGAAAGAGAGAGAUUAAGGGAGAUCCUGCCUAUGUUAGAGCUGCUUGUGAGGCGAGUUUAAAGAGGCUAGAUGUAUCCUGUAUUGAUCUUUAUUAUCAGCAUCGGAUCGAUACUCGUGUCCCUAUCGAAAUCACUGUAAGCCUCCUCUUACUUUCAAAUGAAAUGGACGUUACUUAUACUUCAGGUGGUCUUGAGUUUAUAUCAGUGAGCUUCACAUCUUUGGCUUGUUCGAUUGCCAUACUUCCUGACCUAGCUGUUUUGCUGAACUUAACAAAUGUUUUGUCUGUCAAUUCCAAGAUGGGAGAACUAAAGAAGCUGGUUGCAGAGGGUAAAAUAAAGUAUAUCGGUUUGUCUGAGGCCUCUGCCUCGACUAUCAGAAGAGCGCAUGCUGUUCAACCAAUUACUGCCGUGCAGUUAGAAUGGUCCUUGUGGACGAGAGACGUGGAAGAAGAAAUCGUCCCAACCUGCAGGGAACUUGGGAUUGGGAUUGUUUCUUACAGUCCUCUAGGACGAGGUUUCUUUGCAUCAGGACCCAAGCUUGUUGAUAACCUAGACAAUAAUGACUUCAGAAAGGCAAACCACAACAAGAUUCUCUAUGAGAAGGUUUGCACAAUGUCAGAGAAGAAAGGAUGCACUCCAGGACAACUAGCCCUCGCAUGGGUUCACCACCAAGGAGAUGAUGUUUGCCCCAUCCCAGGAACAACGAAGAUCGAAAACCUCAACCAGAACAUUGGAGCCUUAUCAGUGAAACUCACUCCAGAAGAGAUGUCUGAGCUCGAGACCAUUACCCAACCAGAGUCUGUGAAAGGAGAAAGAUGCAUGGCCACAGUGCCAACCUUCAAAAACUCUGACACUCCACCGUUGUCUUCUUGGAAUGCUGAGUAAAACUGUCUCAGAGUUUUCUCUGGCCAAACCGAUUGUUUAAAGAGUUUAAAAGUGGUUCUGGACAAAGGAUGAUUUAUGACUUUAUGUAUAGAAUACAUUAUUUUCUACCCA